AUGGAAGUUCCGGGACGCUACGAGAAGAUGCGCGUGCUCGGGAGGGGGAGCUUUGGGGCGGUGACCUUGGUGAAGGACCACCGAGACAGCAAGCUGUACGCGAUGAAAACGCUGAACUGCGCAGAUAAAUUGGAGGAACGCGUCACAGCGAUGGCUGAGGUCCGUUUGCUCAAGUGGCUCAAGCACCCUUGCGUGCUGACGCUGUUCGACGUCUUUCUGAGCGCCGACAGCCGAUUGGUGUGCCUCACGACGACCUACUGCGAGUCGGGGGAUCUCGCCAAGAUUGUGAAGCACGCUUCCAAGACUAAAUCGCCUCUGGGAGAAAAGACGGUGUUGGGAUGGUUUGCACAGCUGUGCCUGGGCGUGCACAACCUGCACGAGGAGAAGAAGGUGCUGCACAGAGACAUCAAGCCCAACAACGUCUUCCUCAUGGACAGCAAGAAGAUCGUCCAGCUGGGGGACUUCGGGCUCGCAAAGGUCAUAAACGACGGCGACAAGCAGGUUAAAGCCGAGGUAGGCACGCCGUACUACACCUCUCCGGAAAUGUGCAACAACCAGCCGUACGGCUUCCCCUCCGACGUGUGGAGCCUAGGGAUCGUCCUCUACGAGCUCCUCUCGCUGGACGUGCCGUUCCGAUCGAGGGACGUCGUGGCGCUAGUAUCCCAGGCACUCGCUUGUCAGCCGCUGCGCCGGCACAUGAGCUCGUUCGUGAAGCACUACCGUCCGAUGAACAUGGCGGAGCGCCAACGACGGCACGACAUCAAGGACCUCGAGGCUCAGGUGGCUUCGAUCAUCGAGCACGGAGGUGACGAUCCUCAGAUCCCUCGGGACGUCACCGACGGCUGCGGGACUCUGCCCGCCGGUGCUCAAGACGAGACCGCUACGGACACCUUGAAUCGGGCCGACUCCAAGAGCCACCCGGGAGAGGCACGGGGAGGGAGCGUUGAGGGGGUCGAAGGGGCUGCUGCUGUUCUGAUGGAAACAGCGGCGGGGGGAGGGGAAGGUGGGUUUGCGGCGGCCGCCGCCGCCGGCAGGACGAGGACGGCCGAUAGGAGCUCUGUAAGGAGCCCAAGUGCGAUCAGCAUAACGGCUGACGGUAUCCCGGUGGCGGCGAGAGCGGACGAGGCGGAAAACGCGGGGGCGGCGGCGGCGGCGGCGGCCACCGGAGGCGGGGGUUGCCCCCGUUGUGGGGCGCGGGUACCUUGCGCGUGCGGGGGGGCGCGAGGUGGCGGAGGCGGCGGGGGCGGAAACGCCACCCCCGGGCGCCGAUUCGGCUCCCCUCAGCAGAGCAAGGGACUGCGAAACGUCAUGUCGUGGGCUACGGGCGGUUCGAUCACGCCCCCCGCCGGUAGAGGCAGCGAGGGUGAUGACGGUGACUCGCAAGACGGGUCGCGAUCGAGCAAUGACGUCAACCGCGACGGGAUCGAAAGACGACGACGGUCGACGGACUACGAGAAAGGCACCACGGAGUGGCAUUCAGCGUCCAGUGGCGGUAGUGUCAGAUCGUUUUCGUCGGUGGAAUCGUUCAGCAAACCGUCCAGCUCGCAUGGCUCGCGCUGGAGGGACAGGAGAAAAACCGGCGAUGGAGGCAAGUGCUCCAGCAGCAGUCCGCGAGAUAGUGGUGCAAGUAUUGUAGGUAAUGGUGGAGACAGAAAACGGAGUAGUCGGGGUACGGGGUUUCGGAAGUCAGAGGAGGGCGACGACGGCGCCGACGGUGGCGGUGAUCACGAAACCGACAGCGUCGAUCGCAGCGACAACUGCCUUGCCGCGCCCGCCCGCCCGAAGUCUCCGCGCUCCCCGCGGGCUCACAGGUCCACGAGACUGAAGCGUGUGAGCGGCAGCAGCAGCGCAGAGGCCAGCGGGUGUCCGGACGGGGGCGAGUCCGAGGGCGAGGGGAUGACGGCGGCGGUGGCGGCGGCGACAACCGAAGAGAGCGAUUCCAUGCGGAGAAGAGGGAGUAGUAACACCGGUGUGACGGAUAAGGGCUACGAAGACAUGGGAGAAGGGACCCCUCGACCCGCACGAAGUCAACCACCAGGGGUCGACGAGAGCACAGCGGUGUCGGCACCAGCAGACACCACUGAGUCUAACGUGGCGCUUCACGAAGCGUCGCCGACAGAAGCCGGAACAUCACCCACCAGAAGAAGACAAGGAGACGGAGCUGAGACAGAAGUUUCGUCGAAGGAGACGGGUCCGGGCUCACCUCAUCUUGUUGCGGUAGAAGGCGGGGCAAGCGAAAAGGGGAUCCGACAGAGCGGCAGCUCCACCAGCCCAGCAAUACGGAGGAGUUCGACUGCAGCCGCGGCGAUUGCAUUGGAUCGCUUAGUGCUCACUCCCCGAACGCCGCGCUCGCCGCGCAUCGUCGGCUCCGACUCUGAGCCGUUCAAGUCGGCCAAGAGGUUAUCGGAGGCCCUGACAUUCGCCGCUAGCAGCAGCGAGGAAGAUUUUCUCACGGGCACAGCCACCGCUGCCGCCGGAAGCACAGGCCCUACCCCGAGGCGGGAGUCUGGCGCUCUCGGAGGGGCGUUGGCCAUUGUAGAAGAGGCCAAGGGCGUGCGCGAGGGGAUGACUGUAGGAGGACGAGUAGCAGAGGGCCGGGGGAAUCCUGCCGCGGUAUUAGGGGCUCCGUCGUAG